UUUAAUUUCACUUCCGCGUUUUCGGAUUUGACAUGAGAGAUAACAAUUUUCUUUGUAGCUGAGAAAAACAAAAUACAAUUAUCUGUUUCAGACAUAGAGUGGUUUCUGGCUGUCUAGUGUAUUGCAUAUAUAUUUUUGAGCUCCUUAAACAAAAAGUAUAACUGUUACUGCGACAUAAUUUUAGGAACUAACAGGGUAGUUAGCAAGCUAGCUAGCUGUCAGAGCCCAUAAGCAGCUAGCUGGCUAGCUAACUUCAGGUACGAGUAAUCGUCAUUAGCGACACAUCUUAAACCCAUCUGACUGUCCCGGAUAUUUUAAGGCUGUAAUGGCUGUACUUCAAGCAAUUCACCUGACUUUAGCUUCAGCCAUCUUGCUGGUCAUGCUGGCUGAAAGAGGGCAGGCCAGUGACAACACCAAGAGCUGUAAGUUAAUAGAGGAGUCAGAGAGGGAGAGAAAAGUUCUCAGCCGACUGGAGCCCCUCACCAAUAGAACUUUCUCUGUGGAGGUCAACAGUGACUCGGACAAAUAUAAAUACCAGUUCCAGGUGUGUGGGAAGGCGGGGACAAUACCAGAAGGAGGACUGGUGCAGAUAGAUGGCAAGGGGAAAGAGGUUCUCAUUGGGAAGUACACUGUUGUGGAGGCCUUUGGUGGUUCUGACUGGGUGAUGCUAGUCUACAGGAAUGGGAGUGCUUACGGCAAGCACUGCGGGGGUGAGGAUAGGAAAGCCAUCGUCAUGAUCUCCUGUGAGAGAGGACUGGCAGCGGGGCCGCUGUCAGUGGUUGUGGAGGAGAGGGACAAACUGAAUAACUGUUUCUAUCUGUUUGAAAUUGACUCCAGUGCAGUCUGUCCCCCCAUUCCUUCUCAGCUGAGUGUUGGCUCAAUACUGCUAAUUGUUGGUUUCUCCUGCUUGGCCGUGUACCUGAUUGGUGGAUUCCUUUACCAGCGAUUGGUUGUUGGAGCUAAGGGGGUGGAACAAUUUCCCAACUACUCCUUCUGGCAGGAGAUUGGCAAUCUGUCUGCUGAUGGGUGCGACUUUGUGUGUCGGUCCCGGGGGAGUCGGGAGGAACCACCUACUUAUAGGGGCGUGGCCUCUGAGCCACUGGGGGAGGAGCCAGAAGAAAGAGAUGAUCACUUGCUGCCCAUGUGACCUGAUGGUAUCAGCACUGGAUUGGUUGGAUCUUAGUUGUAAUGUUUUUUUUGAAUGAUUCAAAUUUAGCAAACAAAAUCAAGAUUCACUUUGAAGUACAGUUCGAAGACACAGGUCGUGGGUGACACAAGGUUAGGGUGCAGAUGUGCCUGCAGGUUCACAGUGCAACAUUUAUACACAUGCUAGCACCGUCCAUAUUUCCAGUAUAGUUCGAUAUGGAUGCAUAUUGUACAAGUAUGCUGUUAACGUGCGUUACAGAAGACACCUGCCCAAUCCAAACAGAGGGAUUAGAAUGCUGAUAAGGGUUUGUCCAAAUGUACUCUCAAACUGUUACACCUUCAUUUAAAAUGUUAUUACCACUGUGUAAUAAUAGUGGUGAUACUGACAGUAAUUGCAGUUAAUAAUGAUUAUAAUAUUUUGAUGUGAUUGGUAUUUUUGAAGGAAAGCGCUAUGUACUAUCAGAUAUGUACUGUCUGUGCUGUGUGGAUGACUGUCCUAGUUUUGGCUUUACUUUUGGUUGUGUAAAUAUUUUUAAAAUGUGAUCAAGCCACACAGCUAGUUCAGUCCAAUAGGUAGAUGAACACUGUAGGUCACAGCUCUAAUGCAGACUUCCCCUGUUCAGGCACAUACAUGUCCAAGGAAAAUAUGUCUGAGCCGCACUGUGUCUGGGACUUGACAAGGCUUGUGGAAUCACUUCAGUUCUGACUCUCGGGAUUGUUUUUGCAAUUUUUUUGCGGUAAUGGGAUAGAAGAAAAUGG